CAAGCAUGCUCUCGAGGCCAUCCUCCAUACCCUACCACCCGGAAACAACGUCACCACCCUCGCAUCACUCGCCCACAACUCCUCCGAGGCAGCCCGCGGACCUCCGUGCAAUCAUACGGCUGCCCGACCACACUCAAUCAAACACCCAAGGAGAGCACCAUGGCGGCAGAAGAGGAGGCCGCGCGCGCAUUCCUCGACCUCCAGGAGAACGGCUCGGUGAGCGGCGCCGCGGCGGUGAGCUGGGUCGCCGGGCACCCGCGCUUCGCGGCGCUGAGCCGGCCCGCGCGCGCGAAGGCGUGGUCCGUCGCGGACAGCAAUGACAGCGGCGCCCUCGACGACGCACAGUUCGCGAUAUUCGUGAAGGAGUUAGAUGACGCCGCGACGGCGAGCGACGCGUCGACGCCCGUCGCCGCGGCGGCCGCGGCGGGAUUAGUGGUCGGCGGCCCGCCCGGCGCGGUGGUCCUGGGCGGUCUGACGGCGUGCUACCAGUCGUUGUCGCGCGUGGGCCAGUCGGCGUUCGUGGGCGGGCUGGGCGGCAUGCUGGCGGCGGGCCCGCCGGGGGCCGUCGCGGGCGCCGUCGUCGGCGCCGGGGGCCAGCGCGUUGCCGACGAGUCGUACCUCGGGGACCCGCGGCGCUGGUCGCAGUACGCCGAUUUGGCGACGAAGGGCGUGGAGGAGCGGACGCGAGGCCUGGAUUCGAAAGGCGUCGAGUUUGUGGACGAGGGCGCUUGGGUCAAACAGCGCGACGCGAGGACGGGGCCCGCCCUCGAGGUCUUGCUAGGGGACAACUUGCCGGGUCGAAUCGGUAUCUGCGGGUCCGGCGGCGGGCUCCGCGCGGCGACGGCCCUCGCUGGCUUCUUGGCGGAGGCGCACGCGUGCGGCCUGCUGGACGCGACGACCUAUCUCUCCGGCGUCUCGGGCAGCUGCUGGACGCUCUCCGCACUCUACGCGGAGGACGCGUUCGAUCCGCGCAAGUUCCCAGACGUUCUGAGGGACCGCGUCGCGAAGGACCUGCGAGCACCGCAUUCAGCCUGGCUCGCGGGCAGCGUCUCCGCACCAAACUCCUUCGUGUUCCCCCGCUUCGCGGCGAGAUGCCGCGACGGCCACGACGUGGGCAUCGUCGACGUCUGGGGCGCGCACCUGUCGGCGACUUUAUUACCGCCGCCGGCGCACGGUGGCUUCGGGCUCGCGGCCUUCCGCAGGAAGCUUGUGAAGGGCGCGGCGCCGCUGCCGCUCCUGACGGCCGUCGAGCCCGUCAAGGUCGGGCCGGAGUGGUCCUCGAAAAAUUGUUGCGAACGAUGCGGGGACAGCUUCUCGCUGGCGAACGCGCGGCACCACUGCCGCGCCUGCGGGGCGUCGGUCUGCGACGCGUGCUGCCCGGGUUUCGGCGCGGCGACGCUCGCCGCGGCUCUGGGAAGAAUGCGGUCGACCGACGUGGACUUCGAAGGAGGCGUUUGGUGCACGUCGGCGUCUUCACUUUUGAGAGAAUCCGUGUUGAUCAACUAUUACUCGCAGGGCGCGGCCACUCGACAAGGAUCUAGUCCGACGCUGCGGCCGCUGCGUCGCAGCCGGCAACGAGGCGCCGGCCGAGCGGACGGCGUGGCGCUGGUGGGAGCUCGGUCCGUUCGACGUCGGGCCCGUCGGCGGCCCGAAGGUCGACGCCUGCGCGUUCGGGCGGCGUUCUCAUGAACCACCGUGCUCCUUAACGGGCGGCGAGCCCGUCGGGGCCCUCCUAGGUGUGGUCGGUUCCGCGUUCUGCGCGACCUUGGAAAAAGUCGAGGGCUGUGGCAAGAAGGGAUACGUCUCGGCGGCCGCGAAGUGGCUGGCUCAUCCUCAUGGAGACCCGGGCGCGUCGCUCGUGGACCCCGCGACCUUCCACUCGUCCGACGGGAAGACGCUGCGCCUCGCGGAUGCCGGCUUCUGUCACAACCUCGGCUGGCUGCCUCUUCUACAGCGGAAAUGCGACGUCAUCUUUUCCGUGGACGCGUCGAUGCACGCGUUAGCGGGAGACGGCUUCGACCCGUCCUACGAGCUCAGUCGUGCGCGCACGGCGGCGGAACGGUUGGGAGUGGCCCUGCCUCCGAUAGAUAUGAAAGCGUACGCGACGCAACCCGUGUCCUUCCACACCGACGGCCGGACGUUGCUGAUCUGCCUGCCGCUCGUCGGUUUUGAAGAUGAUCCGUGGUGUCCCUUGAGAACUGCACAUGCGGGCGGCUUCUGCUCGAACGCGGGAGCGUCCUACGAGCCCAAGGACUUCGACCGGCUGAGUGGCUUCAUGCGGAACCGCCUGCGCGCCGCGCUACCGGAGGUCAAGCGGCGCAUCGCGGCGCACCUUCGUAGUACUUGUUAAUUUCACA